AUGGACAACUUGCUCCAAAAGACUCUCAAUGCCACCACUUGGAUCUUUGCGUCUGAUCAGAGUGGAAACAUGUCCGUCGGGAUCAAGCAAACUGGUAAAUUUCAGCACAGUAGCUUCCUCGCUGGAGGCUUGGUGAAAAAUGCGGAAAAUCACCCCAACAUUCAACCUGCGGACAAACCUCAAGAUAUCGUAAUCCUGGAGACCAUUGAUGAAGCCAAAGAAGCCUCUGGAAGCAAAUAUGGCAAUGCCAAUGAUGAAGCCCCGUACGAUGAGUGGGAAUCAGAAGAUGAUUUGGAUGACAAUAGUAGUACUGCGCCUGAAAUACGUCAGCAAUCGGAAACUCAAGGACAAAAGACUCAGUCUAAGCACAGCAGGGCUUUGAAGCUGCGGGAUUCAACCGAUAGGGUGAGCAUAUAA